CACCGCUUUAUAACCAUAUGCAUCUCCUUUAAUCCUUUCGUUUUUGCCCUCUCUAUCCUUUCUUUUGAUUCUCACCUCGUCUCCAGUGUUGACAAACCUUGAUCUCAAGCUCAUCUUCCCCUUAUCCAGACACAUUGUGACCCACAAGGCCUCGUAUUCGCAACCGAGCCAAACACUGUUGCUCGGAGAGCUCACUCACCACUCUUUCCCCGGCACAUCAAUCUCACUUUCAUAUCCUCUCGUUGCCAUGACAAAACUACCGCUAGACGGAUUGGUCAUCGCCGUGGGCGGGACUUUCCCGGGCUACAAACAAGCCGACCUCACUUCCAUCAUCAAGAAACAAGGAGCAGAGUUCAGUUCGGCCAUCACCGAGACCUUGACGCAUCUGAUUACCACUCCCAAAGAAGUAGCUAACCAGAGUCGCAAAUACACGCAGGCAUGCAAGGUUCCGUACUGCAACAUUGUCUCGCUGGACUGGCUCAUCGACUCCGAAACGGCCGGCAAGAGACUGGCGGAGAAAGACUUUCUCCUGGACAACGCGAACGACAAAACAAAGACUGAUGGGGAAGAGACCAAGAAGAAGCGCACACUCGAGCAGGCACUGGGUGUCAACGAGGAUGGGACGACUAAGAAGCUCAAGAAUGCGCAGAAGGCCGGAACGAAGGCGUUGAACAUCCCUGUGGAUGAUGAGUGUCCGCUUCGACGCUCUCAUAAAGUAUACAUCGACCCCGAAUCGACCAUCUGGGAUGCCACCCUGAACCAGACCAGCGCCACCAACAACAAUAACAAGUUCUACCGCAUCCAGCUUCUCACCAACCCUACCCAGACAGAGUUUCUGACCUGGACCCAUUGGGGCCGAGUCGGAGAGAGUGGUCAGCAUGCUCUGCUGGGCAAUGGGUCCCUUGCGCGCGCCGAGGCCGAGUUCCAGAAGAAGUUCAAGGACAAAUCCGGCCUCACGUGGGAGAAGCGACUGGAACCGCCCAAGAACAACAAGUAUACCUUCAUCGAGCGCAACUACGAGGAGGAUUCAGACUCGGAGGACGAGGACGAGACGGCGGCGGCCAAGAAAAAGGUCGAGAAGAAGCCCAAGGUGGAGGUCAAGAGUGCUCUGCCCGUGCAGGUGCAGGACUUGAUGGCCUUCAUCUUCAACCAGGAGUUCUUCUUGUCCACCAUGGCUGCUAUGUCGUACGAUGCGAAGAAACUGCCCCUGGGCAAACUGAGCAAGCGUACGCUGCAAACAGGUUUCCAGGCAUUGAAGGAUCUGUCCGAGCUUGUGACCGACCCGGCGUUGGCAGCCUCCAAGUACGAGAUGAGUUUUCAGGGCGCCGCGGAGUUCCUCAGCAACAAAUACUUCACCACCAUUCCUCACGUGUUCGGGCGCAAUAGACCCCCUGUUCUCACUCAUGGUGAUCUGUUGAAAAGGGAGAUUGAGCUGCUGGAGACGUUGACAGAUAUGGAGGUCGCGAACAAUAUCAUGAAGGACGCCGAGGACGCGGAAAUGAUCCACCAGCUUGAUCGCCAGUUCCAGGGCUUAGGAAUGAAUGAGAUGACACCAUUGAUUCGUUCCUCAGCCGAGUUCCAAGAGCUAGAAACCUAUCUUGUGUGUUCGCGUGGUGCAUCUCACAGUGUCGGCCUUAAGGUCCUCAACAUCUUCCGCAUCGAGCGCCAAGGCGAGAAUGACCGCUUCAACUCCUCCCGCUUCUCCAAGAUCAAGAAUAGCGACCGCCGCCUCCUGUGGCAUGGAUCGCGCAGCACCAACUUCGGUGGUAUCCUGAGCCAGGGCCUGCGCAUCGCGCCCCCCGAAGCCCCCGUCAACGGAUACAUGUUCGGCAAGGGUGUCUACCUGGCUGAUAUGUCGAGCAAGUCGGCCAACUACUGCUGCGCCUACGGUAGUGGCAACAAAGGUCUAUUGCUGCUGUGCGAUGCGGAGCUGGGUGACCCCAUGCUCGAGCUGGAGCACAGCAACUUCAACGCGGGCGAGGACGCGGCGAAGCAGAACAAAAUCGCCACCCUAGGUCGGGGCCGCUCGAUCCCCGCGGGCUGGAAGGAUGCGGGCUGCGUCCAUCCCAACCUGGCCGGGGUCAAGAUGCCGGACACGGCGCACGGGGCGGCGGUUCGGAAUGCGGCGUCGCUCAUGUACAACGAGUACAUUGUGUAUGAUGUCGCACAGAUCCGGCAGCGGUAUCUUUUCCAUGUGGAUAUGCGGUAGGCGGGGGGGGGGGCAGCGUUUAUGGGUCUGGAUGAUUACUUCGGCGCAAUGGUAUGAUGGUAUUAGCGGG